AUGAGCCUCCCUACACCUCCUGGCACGUCCCACAGGGACGAGAAGGAGAACUGGGCUCCCCGCUUUUCACGCGUCCAAUGGAGAGAGGCCGCACAAUACCAUCCUAUCACUUCGAGCCCGCCACGACUUACGACGCGGCCCAGUGCGCUCAAGGCUGGUCCAUCACGGUCGAUUUUGAAGAAGAUCAACCUCCCAUCCCCAUCCCCUGCCUUCGUCAAGGAAGUGACGCCCGAACCCGAGGAUCCGUUGGCGAACCUUGACUAUCUUCAACAUCCAGUCUCCACCAUCAUCGCUCUCGACGUCCCGCUGAGCGAUACCAUCAACGCGUACACCAGUCUCAUGGCACGUCUACGGAACUGCGUCUCGGGAAACACAGAUGCGGACGCGUCAUGGCCGCUCUUCCAACCCCUCAGAAAACACCGGGAGCAAAUCGUCGGCGCGUUGGUACGUGACAUUCGUCAGGCGUUCGCGGAACCUCUCGCAGGCUCGUCAAGUAUCACCGAAUCUCCCUCGACGCCUGUUCUCCGAGAAGCGCCGUCCACGUCGAGCCUACCCUCCCCAUGUGAAAGCCCGAAGAAGAAGAAACGGGGGAUGUCUGAGGAGCAGGUCAAGCGUGCGCGAGAUUUUUGCGGCGUGUGCCAGGCGGCGAUCAAGCUACUUGGGUUGGUGUUCACCCUUCCUGCGGUGUACAACGUAUUUGAGGAGUCCGAACUCGGUUUCAUUCUGACGCAAGUGGUUGCCAUACCUCUUGCGCGGGACAUCCCUACGCCCAAUGCUCGGAAGACGUGUGCUCUGGCCAUCUGGUUGAUUCAGACCCAGCGUUUACCAGCCGAGGUUCUGGAACCGGCGAAGGACCGAAUCGCGUAUGCAUUGCGUCGAGGCAUCGACGGAGAGCUCGGCAAAGAGGGUAAGAAGGGAUCGGUGAGCGAUGGUUUGAAGGCCGUUCAUGAUCUCGCAGUUUACCAACCAGCGACCUUCGUCCCUGCCUUCGCACCCAUCCUCAGCUCCAUUUUAGACAACCUCAUGGCCCCCUCCCUCGUCAUACGCAACCAGGCCUGUCAUGCUCUCGGCGGCCUUGCUAUUGCUGCCGCUUCCCUGCCUCCAAGUGAGGCCCAUACCCUCAUGUCUGUUGCCGUCACUUCACGCCUCGUCAAGGACCGAAAUCCCAGUGCGACGACGCCGACACAGCGGAAAAUCGAUGCCAGCCCCACCAAAGACCCCAUUCUAGUCCGCACCCUUCGUACUACACUUCAGGCUACGGAACCAAAACACGCUGCUCAAGGUCCAGUCUGGGCCUUCAGUGUCAUCGCUCAUCUGGCGGUUCUGCUCGGUCCGACUGUAUUCCUCCACAAGGACCUGACGCGAACCAUGUGCAACCUCUUCCAUCUCGGGAUGCGUCAUCAAAGGAGCUCUGCGCGCGCACUAGGAUGUCUGGCGUGGCGUGCCAUGACAUGGUCGUACUUCCGCCCUCCCCACGUCAAGAUCACAUUCGACGAGGACACGGAGAACGAGGAGGAGCCCGCCACGGAGGACGACAUCGAGGCGGAACGAAAAGAGCACCAGGCCUCUCUACGUUCUUCGUUCAAGGCUCUCACCAGCGUCGUCGUCGACAUGGGAGCUGGUAUCAACAUUGUUGGCGCUUUGCUCGGGAACGACGUACUUGAAGGCCUCCAGGCUUUCGGGGCUCUCCGCAUGCUCCGGUCAAUGAGUCGCAAGGGCGGCUUCGCAUCCAAAGAUGCGCUGGACGUCGUGAGACACCUGCUCAGCGGGGCGGCCGCGAAACCUUCCGAGGUCGAGGAUACGGAGUGGGAUCACAACAAGCUGCUUGUUUCAGACUUCUUCUCCGCGAACCCUGGGCUCUUGACGGCUGAAUGGCGGACGUUGUCGUCUGUCGUCAGGUCGCUACUGGAGCAGUGCCCGACGAUUGAAGACAUCCGCCCGUUCACUUUGGAAGAAGCUUCGACACCGGGGAUGUGGGAGGAGUGUCUACAAAUCUGGAGAGGGGGCUUGGGGGUGCUUAGAUUGGUGUGGGGGGACGAAGCCAUCCCGUCUGAGAUUCGAGAAGUUUGGUUCAGCCUAUUGAAAUGCCACGCGGCUCCGCUUCUUGACGAUGGUGAUCACCACGGGCUAGCAAAGCUUGCAGUCAAAGUGCGCGACGUCCUUGUGGACAUUCUCGAUGACCCGGACCUCGACUUCAUCGCUCGCAAGGACGAUGGGGACUUGGACUUGCUCACAUCGCCAGUCAAGGCCCAUGGCGCAGAUGACGUCGACUUACUACCGGGACACCGACAGAACUACGCCGUCAAACUCUUCCUUGUUCGCGACUUGUUCACCAUCACCCGUGCCGUUUUCCCUACCGACGUCUUCGCGGAACUCUCGGAGUCAAUGCUGCGCCACCUCAUCGUUCAUGAGGAGGCGCUCCUCGGCGACGUGGAGAGCGCGGACCAAGUUCGUGAGCAAUGGUCCUGCAUAUGCGCGGACGCCGCUUUCGCCGGAGAACCUGCUAUCAUCCAGUCGUUCUUCAACAACAAUUUGCGGAAGGCGUAUCGCAAAUCAGACUGGGGUGUUGAGAUCCGGGCGGACGUCUGGCAUGCCUUCUGUCAACAAUGGGCCGGUGGUGGUAGCCCUUGCAGUUUCACCUGGGAUGCGGCAGUUAUCCUCCUUGCCGCGCCGUUCGUCGAUACGAGUUGCUGGGACUUGCGAACGGAAGACCUGGAAGUUUGGACCAGGUUCCUACCACAUGCCCUCGGUAUCGGUAUGGACCAAGGCGCAGACGUCAACUCCCUCGUCGACCAAAUCGCAGGCGCAAUCACCGGCAACCAAGGACCGUCCACUAUCAACACCGUUCGGAUCGCGGACCAGCUCCUGUGCAACACGGAGUUGAUGGAUGCGUGCUCCCUUCCCGCGACCACUUUAUACUUCACCAACGACACCCUCUACGCGGCGUACCCGGCGGAGCCGAAGCACAAGGUCAUCUGCAUGUGGCUCAUUCGAUCCGUUACGCAUUUGGUCGACAAGUGUCCUCAAAAACUCUGCCUCAUGCUCCUCGAGCUUCUUGCAGAAAGCAUUAGCACUUGGGUCACGGACGACCUGCACAUCUGCUCGGAAGAAGAGUACUCGAGCGAUAUCCUUCCUCUCUAUCAAACGGUCCUCGUCAGCCUGCAGGAGUUGCCGCCUUGCCUGGAUAUCCUCGAGAAGAUGGCACCUGUGCUCGCGGCACCAUUCCAGGGCCGGAAGGACAGACACGUUGGUGCUGUGGACGCCUUCGCGGAGUUUUGGCAAGCCGCGUACGCUGCCAUGCCAGAGCCCGCCACGGGCUAUCCCGAGUUGGUUGCGCAAUGCCUCGACGCCGUUUCGCAAGCGCGCCUGGAACAGCAGGAGGACGAGGCGAAGGUCGAGGAUAUGACGGCUCUUCUGAGCGAAACACCAAGUCCCGUGGCGGAAGUCAAGAAGACUGCUGUCACUCAAGAGCUCAUGGAGAUCGACGCGUGCGAGAGCGAAGACGAAGGCUCCGUCGUCAUUCCCUCACCUGGUACUCUUCUUCAGGGCUUUGACGCGUCCCGGACUCGGGACGCUCCUACCCGCGCGCUCUCGACACCCCCGUCGAGUCCUCGUGCACUCGCUCCGACCCGUCCUCACAAGUCGGGCAUCAAGGUUCACGACCCCGAGGACAUCGACGGUUCCUCCCCACUGCGCUUCUCCGUUGGCCGUUCUCCACCUCGCACACCUACCACUCCCAAACGACCGACAUCGAAGGUGAACAAGGAGAAUGUGUCGCCAACUCUCCUCUCUGCCUCUGUCGCCGAACGGUUAUCUGCUCGCUCGCCUCUCCUUCUAGAGUCUCUCUUGGGCAAACGCGUUCGCGUCGACGAGCCCGAGGAUGCAGCAGACUUGGAGGUGAAGGCCUUCAAGAAGGGCCGCCUAGAACCUUCUCCUCUUGCACCAUCCCCCCUUGCCAACGUCCCUGUUCAUGCAGUCACGCUCGCAUGCAAUCCGUCGAUCCCCAUGCUGUCGACAAAGGCUACUUCCUCAGCGGCGGUCGCGAAACUGCUUGCGGACGUCGACGACAGCAACUCCGUGAUGAACUCGCCUACUGUAGCAUCGCGCAAGCGCAAGGGCGUGUUCGUGGAGGCUGUCGAGGUCCCUCCCCUCAACGUGGUACUCAAGGAAUGGCGUCGGAGUCGCUCUCUGCCUUCCGUUUCGGCCUCUGAGAGCGAGCCAUCGACAUCCGCAGUCAGGUUGGACAGCACGAAAGGAGACGAGAGUCUGCAGCCGACUAUCCGACGGACGCGCUCCGCGACGAAGCUCCUUGGCGGACCGGUCGACUUCCAGAGGCUAACUACACCUAAGAAACGGAGAACGAAUCGCGUGCAGGACCUCCGCGAGGAAGCCCGGCAUUUGCUGUCCUCUCCCUCUAACAAGUCCAUUGACGAGCCUCUGUUCGGUAGUGACGACUCUAUCAUGAUGGCGACCCCGCAUCGCCAGAGCAGUGACCUGUUGGCCUCCGAUGAUGAUCCUCAUCUGGGACAGGUCACCCCACACCGUCUGGUGUCGCCUGCAGUCCGCCGCAUACAGCAACAAACCUGCCUCUUCACCCACGACCCGCCAAGCGACGACUCGGACCUGGUUGAGAGCCCGACAAGCGAGCGCAUCUCCCGGAAGAUUGCGCGUCUGGGAGGACAGGUGUCCACCCCAAAGGCGCUGUUGUUUGGCGGCGGCCGGCUGUGA